AUGGCAUUCUAUUCUGAUAACUGGGUAGUGUACGUUGCAUUAAUAUAUCUAGCCAUUAAUAAACUCCUCCAGUAUACGAUUUCACACCAUAAACAAUGGAAGUCAAAACUACCAUUCCCAAACGUACGUGUAUCGCGCCAGAGGUUUCUAGAGAAAAGGCAUGAGAUAAGGAAGCUGCAAAUUGAAAAUAGACUUAUAUCUGCCCAGGAUAAUUAUGCUCAAUGGACCAAAAAUAAUAGAAAAUUGACAAAACUGGAGAAAGAGUUGAGUUCCAUAAAAGAAGAAUUAACUAAAGCUGUUGCAAAGAACGACAAGCUUUUGGGUACCUUAAAACUUGUUGUCCUCACUCUACCUUUCUUGGCAUUGAAGUUGCUGAAAGGUAAGCACAUCGUAUAUCAUUUACCUAAAUCUGAUGUAUUUCCCCAACUAAUGUCUGGAGUUUGGACAAAGGGGUGGCUAUAUUUGGGACUGGCCCCAUUGCAAAUGUUGAGAGGCCGCUCCAUGAGUGCGGUAUCAAUUACUGAAGUUGGUGUUUCUUUGGGUAUUUGGUUGUGGGCAUUACAAAGGGUCGUUGAUACAAUUGAGUUCUUAAUUAAACAACUAUUUCUAGAGUCUGCGGUCACAAGGCCAGAACCUAAAGUUCAAGAGGUUCAUGAAAUAAACAGCGACAAGAUUGAGUUGGAUUGA